UUGGCAGACAAGGCCACACCUCACAGCGCUGGAGGAAGCCGCAGACCUCAGCUGUACAAGCUGAGCCUGGACCUGGGGAACUUUCUUUAGAACUCGGGACAAACAGCCCCACAGCGGGGACCUGUCUGCGAGGCGGAGCGGCAGGGGAGCGCUGGCGCCGCAGGUAGUCGGGCGCACAGGAGUCGGGACCCACCCAGGGCGGCGGCGGAUCCGCCUGCUGCAGCAUCGGAGCCAGUGUGCGCCCACCAGCCCCCGCAGCCUCGAGUCUCCCCGCCCGCCUGCGCACCGCAUCCCGCGGCGGCUGGCAGCCUCGCCCCAACCCCCCAGCCCCGAAACAUGGCUGCGCCGCGCGCCGCCACCCUCGCCUGCUGGCUGCUGCUGCUGCUGUCCUCCGCCCUGCUCCGCCGCGGCUGCCGGGCGCGCUUCGCCGCCGAGCCGGAAUCGGAGGAGGACGAAGACGACUGGGUGGUGUUCCCGGAGUCGCCUCUGCAGAGCCCCACCGUGCUGGUGGCCAUCCUAGCCCGCAAUGCUGCGCACGCGCUGCCGCCCUUCCUCGGCUGCCUGGAGCGGCUGGACUACCCCAAGAGCAGGAUGGCCAUCUGGGCAGCCACUGAUCACAAUGUGGAUAAUACAACUGAAAUCCUCAGGGAGUGGUUGAAAAAUGUACAGAGGCUCUAUCACUAUGUGGAGUGGAGGCCUAUGGAUGACCCAGAAUCUUAUCCUGAUGAAAUUGGCCCAAAGCACUGGCCAAGUUCCCGAUUUGCCCACGUCAUGAAACUGCGACAGGCAGCCCUUCGAACUGCGAGGGAAAAAUGGUCAGACUACAUCCUGUUCAUAGAUGUCGACAAUUUCUUGACUAAUCCACAGACCCUCAACUUAAUGAUUGCAGAAAACAAAACCAUUGUGGCCCCCAUGCUGGAAUCCCGGAGCCUAUAUUCUAACUUCUGGUGCGGAAUCACACCUCAGGGCUUCUAUAAGAGGACCCCAGACUACCUUCAGAUUAGAGAAUGGAAGAGGAUGGGUUGCUUCCCUGUCCCCAUGGUUCACUCUACCUUCCUGAUUGACCUCAGGAAAGAGGCCUCUGACAAGGUGGCUUUCUACCCCCCACACCAGGACUACACAUGGACCUUUGAUGACAUCAUUGUCUUUGCCUUCUCCAGCAGGCAAGCAGGCAUCCAGAUGUACCUCUGCAACAGAGAGCACUAUGGCUACCUGCCCAUUCCUCUGAAGCCCCAUCAGACGCUGCAGGAGGACAUCGAGAACCUUAUCCAUGUUCAGAUAGAAGCAAUGAUUGACCGUCCUCCAAUGGAACCUUCUCAGUUUGUGUCUGUUGUCCCUAAAUAUCCAGACAAGAUGGGAUUUGAUGAGAUUUUCAUGAUUAACCUCAAACGCAGGAAGGACAGGCGGGACAGGAUGCUGCGAACACUCUAUGAACAGGAGAUCGAGGUCAAGAUCGUGGAGGCGGUGGAUGGCAAGGCACUCAACACAAGCCAGCUGAAGGCCUUGAAUAUUGAAAUGCUUCCAGGUUAUCGAGAUCCCUACUCCUCCAGGCCCUUAACCAGGGGUGAAAUUGGCUGCUUCCUUAGUCACUUCUCUGUCUGGAAAGAGGUAAUUGAUCGAGAACUGGAGAAGACUCUAGUUAUUGAGGAUGAUGUACGCUUUGAGCAUCAGUUUAAGAAGAAGCUAAUGAAGUUGAUGGAUGACAUUGACCAGGCUCAGCUGGACUGGGAACUGAUUUACAUCGGUAGGAAGAGGAUGCAGGUAAAAGAGCCUGAGAAAGCGGUGCCCAAUGUUGUAAAUCUGGUUGAAGCUGACUAUUCCUACUGGACUCUGGGCUACGUCAUCUCUCUGGAAGGAGCACAGAAGCUGGUUGGAGCCGAUCCCUUUGGGAAGAUGCUGCCAGUUGAUGAGUUUCUGCCAAUCAUGUACAAUAAGCAUCCAGUAGCCGAGUACAAGGAGUAUUAUGACUCCAGGGACUUGAAAGCCUUCUCUGCAGAACCCUUGCUCAUCUACCCCACACACUACACAGGCCAGCCCGGGUAUCUGAGUGACACAGAGACCUCAACCAUCUGGGACAAUGAGACAGUGGCCACUGACUGGGACAGGACACAUUCCUGGAAGUCCCGGAAGCAAGGGCACAUCCACAGUAAUGCCAAGAACACAGAAGCAUUGCCACCGCCAACGUCCCUGGACACUGUGCCUUCGAGGGAUGAGCUCUGAGAGCUCCCUGGGAAUGUGACCCACAUGGUUCAUCACUGUUUGGUUUUCCUAAAGGGCUACUCCUCUGUGUGUUCCA